AUGAACGUGCUGGUGAUGUUCGUGAUGCUGUGCAGUGUUUUCGCGCCGUUCGAGGCCAGGGCCGCGGCCUACUGCCCCAGUCGGUGCGUCUGUGACGAUGUGAAGCUGCACGUGACGUGCGGCGAGGGCGAACUCGAUGUGCUGCCGAUCGCCCUGAACCCGGCCAUCGAGCGACUAGUGAUCAAGUUCAAUCGUAUCAAGGCGAUCGACUCGUCGAUUCAGUUCUACACCGAGCUGACGAUGCUGGACCUCAGCUACAACCAUCUGCUGGGCAUCCCGAAGAGCAUCUUCAUGUACCAGCGCCGGCUGCUGCAGUUGCACCUGAACAACAACAAGAUCUCGUCGAUCGGCAACAAGACGUUCGCCGGUAUGGGCGAUCUGCGUGUGUUGAAUCUGCGCGGAAACUUCAUCGAAGGUGUGACGAAACGUUUGUUCGCUGCGCUGCCCAACCUGGAGGAGCUGAAUUUGGGGGAAAAUCAGAUCAGCUCGCUGCACCCGGACGCGUUCGAGGGGCUGACGAGCUUGCGCAUCCUGCAUCUGGACGAUAAUGCGAUCCAGACCAUUCCGACGCCCUCCUUCAAGCCGCUCCGACUGCUGGCCGAGCUGUACCUGGGGUUGAACACGCUCUACCAGCUACAGACCGGUGCCUUCGAAGGACUGCAGCACUUGCGCCGGUUGGAUGUGCGCGGUUCGAUGCUCGUCAACCUAACGAUCGAUACCUUUCGUGGUCUGGAGAACGUACGAUCCCUGGACAUCUCGGACAAUCAUCUGCUGAAGGUGCCCACGGUCGCACUAAGCAUUCUGACCCGGCUCGAGGAACUGGCACUCGGACAGAACGACUUCGACACCGUCCCGGAGGGCGCGUUCUUUGGGCUGGCCAACCUGCGCAAAGUCUCCAUCUCCGGCGCUCUUAAUCUGCAGCGGAUCCAAUCCGGAGCGUUCGCCUCCAAUCCGAACCUGGACACGAUCGUGAUCGCCUCGAACCGGCUGCUGGCCGAGCUGGAUGAAGGAGCCUUCGCUGGGCUACCGCACAUCGACAACGUUAUCCUGCGGGACAACGCCAUCCGGACGUUCCGGGAGGAGCUGCUGCCGUGGAAGCAACUGCGUAACUUUGACGUGUCCGGCAACCCAUUGGCGUGCAACUGUCACAUGCGCUGGAUGAAGGAUCUCCUGCGUGCCAAACCGAUCGAAACGGAGCAGAACCAGGUGAUCUGUCAGUACCCGGACCGGUUCGCGGGCGAACCGUUGCGGGAGAUCAGCUCCGAGCUGCUUGGUUGUCAUCUGCGGCCGUCGAAAGAUCGGGCGGUGGUUGGCGCUGUGUUGGUGGCGUCUGCCGCUUCCCUUACCACCUUCAUCCUCGUGGCGUACCGUCUGCGCCAUCGACUGGUGGACGUGCUGGGGGGCCCCGAGUGGCACAACAAACGAAAUGCGCUGAAGGAGGAGAAAGAUUUGGAGUUUGCCAAAGCGUACCCGGAGAUCGAGUACCAUCAGCCGAACUACAACAUCUACACGUGCAACUACCAGCAAACGUACGCCACGAAGGCGUCCCCGCAGCACCAGUUCCAGCAGCACAUCUACGAGACCCCCAUUCCGGUGUCCGAUCUUUGA